GAGUAGGGAGUCGACCGCCAACGCGCUGAUCGGCAUACACACAGUCCGACGCAUAAACACAGCACGACUCACCAUUUACCUCAAACAGUAGACCCGCAGUGAUCAUGUUGGUGAUUCCCGCGUUCAGUGCUUCAAACAACUAAACAUUGUGUGGGACUUUACCAGUGCGGAUAGUGUUUUGAUUCAUUUAUUGGUUCGGUUGAUUAGAGUGUGAUUCAGCAAAAUGAGCUCGUUUCUAAUGAACCCGGUAUCAGGUUCUUUGGCGUCCAGCUAUCAACAACCUCAUCAACACCUUGGAGGUGGCGGAAUGGUUGUAGAUCCCAAAUUUCCUCCUAGUGAAGAGUACAGUCAAUCAAAUUACAUCCAAACGGGGGAUUUCUUCUCGGGGCAUCACCUGGGUCAACCCCAGCAUCAUCUGCAAUACGGUUAUCACCAUAAUCAUCCGAGUCAUCAUCAACCAAGUACACCACCUGCGUAUGGACCUACAACGGUUCCAAAUGGUGGAUAUCCAGGGUACGGCAACUACUAUCACCCGCAGAUCCACCAUCCGGCGGCACCCAUCCAUCCGCAUCAGAUCCGCCCGCCAAUUCUGCAUCCAAAUGACCCACAACAACAACAGUGUACAAAUCUUCAAGCGACGCCUGUUACCUCAACAAACAUUCUGCAAAACUUGGCGGAUAUUACACCCGUGUCGACGAUGGUCAGUCAGACCAAUGAGGUGAACGCGAGUGUCACUAGUGUUUGCAGUCCUGGUUCAGCAGGGCAUGGACAGGAUAGUCGCGGGUCACCUAUUUCUCAACAGCAACAUUUGCAUGAACUAGGACUGCGUUUAGAAAAUGGGGAUGGCAGCGAUGAACAGGAUGAUUUGGACGAUGACCCUGAAGGGUCUCCGUUGUGUGAUGAUGAUGAUGACGAUGAUGAUGGUGAUCGCGUUAUUUAUCCCUGGAUGAAGAAGAUUCAUGUUGCAGGAGUUGCGAAUGGAUCGUACACGCCCGGAAUGGAACCCAAACGACAACGCACAGCAUACACCCGACAUCAGAUUCUGGAGCUAGAGAAGGAAUUCCAUUACAAUCGCUACCUGACUCGACGACGUCGCAUCGAAAUCGCCCACACCCUCGUCCUUUCCGAGCGGCAAAUAAAAAUCUGGUUCCAGAAUCGCCGGAUGAAGUGGAAGAAGGACAACAAACUGCCGAACACGAAGAAUGUGCGACGGAAAAACGCCAACGGUCAGGCGGCGGGUAAAGGCAAGAAUGCCGGCGGUGGUGGCGGGAGGAAAACCGCCGCCAACAACAAUGCAAACAAUUUGGCGAACGCCAGCGCGCAGAAUAACAACGACAAGCGGAAGAACAACAACGGGCGUGAAUUGGACGGGCUGGGCGAGCAUAUGCUGGACAUGUCUCUGACGGUGAACCAGAUUUCUUCACACGCGCAUCCCAUGCCGACGCAUCCGGGUCACCAUCAUCAGAUGCCAGGGGGCGGUGGAAUGCACGACGCUCUGCAUGGGAUCAAUGCGAUGAACCCUCUCACACCGCUUUCUUCAUCGCCUGGCUGCGGCCCGGCGAAUGUCCUCCAGACGCAGAACGGCAUCAAGUCCGACUAUGGUCUCACGGCGCUCUAAACCCCAUCGAGACCACCCAGCCGACCUAGUUUAUAGCAACGACCAAAUACACUGCGCGAAGUGAAAAAUAAGAAAAACUAGUGAUACAAGUGACACAAAAGCUCAACGAAGAAAUAAAAGUGCAGAAAAAUCAACCGAAAGUGUUUACGACAAUAUUCAGAACAAACUAUCAUACAGACUAACUGUAUACGGACGGAUAAUAGAAGAAUUCAGUGUAAAUAAUUGUGAAUAUAUUUGUUUUGUUAAAUUUAGGCGAAAACAAGACAGAAAAAACGAUUGGAUGCAUUGCAGAGUCAAGUCAAAUAAUAGAAUAACAUAAACUUAGUGUUAUUUCGUUUGUUUUAUGUUUUAUUUGUUUGUGUUUGAAAAUAUAAAAAGAAAAAUUGUGCCAUAAAUAUCGAAUUACUAUUAUUUUAUUGGUCAUACGUCAAAAUUCAUCUAGGAAAUGAAUUCAUUGUUAUUAUUGUGCAUGUUAUUUGAUGAUAAAAACGUAAAAUAUUAAACUAAUCGAGCAGGAAGGCGAGAAACAUUCGAAACGUGUGAUUUAUAUUAAUAUUACGAUAUUUUAAUGUAAACUAUUAUUUUAUUCAUCGUCGACCAUCAAGAGCCAAUCCUAGUUGCUGCUAAUUAAUCGUACACUAGAUGAGAAACAAAACAACAAUAAUUUAUUGCUACGUGCACGAAUAGGUACGCUGAAUCUGAAUGCAGAACUGGAUGACACUUUUAAAUAGACUGUAAAUAUUCUAAUUACUUGUAAACUGAAUUAGGUACCUAUUAUGUUGAUGAUCGGCUUGACGCGUGGUCAUUCAUGAUGAGUUUAAUGAGAUUAAUGAGAAAAAGCGAUGAUAAUAAAGUGUAUACUUCUAUUAAA